GAUCUCUUGGAUUCUUGGUUUAGUGUGUAUGAAAACAUAUUAGAUUCAGUUAGGAAUGAAUUUGAAGCCAGCGAGGAUCGACCGCUAUUUCUGAGAGUUGUCAUGAACGAUGAAGUCGAGAAAGCAGGACAAUCCAGUCAAUCAGCAGAUUCUGCAAUGUAUUCGCUAGAAUCGACUACCGGUAAGAACAACUUACCGAGAAAAUCUUCUAGUAGAUCACCAUCCCGUGAAAGAGCAACAGAAACACCAGCAGAAACCUCAGCAAAAACGAUUAGCUUAGGCGAAUUAGUACAAAAUGGCGAUGUUGUCAAUUUGUUCGUUAGUUCUGUACUCAAUCGAGGAGGACGUUCAAGAGCUAUUCAUGAUGAAAGUAGGUAUCGUAUUAAACGUCUGAAUGCAAAGAGCAUAUUUAUUGAUUUCAGACAUCUGCUUCAGAUGCAUCGAACAUCAGUUAGCAGCAAGAAGAAUGCACGCAAGCUGAUAAUUAAUGAUGUAGAAUUGGUUAUUGAGGACGAAAUGAAGCUAGGUGACAAAGUUUUUAAGCUUAAUUCGUUCGUAUACUGCGAUUGUUCAUACGAUGCAUCAUCUUUUGAAUUGUGUGCCAAGGUGGAUUCCGGCGUGUGGAAAUGUGUGAAGAAAAGUGGUAUAUCAGAUAUUAAUGAUAUUGCAGCAAGAUUGAGAAAUUCCGCUAACAUAUGGAUUGUGUGCUAUGAGC